UAGGACUCUCUAAGAUAAGAGUGUUCAUGAGGCUGAGAAACCUUCAGACUACAGAGAUGUCUAUUGUUUCCUCAAAAAUGGCAAUCUCCUUCUUCUUCUUGGUUGUGGUAUCCGUGGCUGGCCUUGCAGAAGGCCCAUUCAAUCAUGAGUGUCAUGUGGAACACUGUGGAAGCUCUGACCUUCCCAUCAAGUUUCCUUUCCGAUUGAAUACCCAGUCAGAGCACUGUGGUUAUCCCGGCUUUAAUCUUUCCUGCACGAGCAGAAACGAAAUCCAGCUCCAGCUGCCAAACCUAGAGUUUCUUGUGGAAAAAAUUGACUACCAGUCUCAGACGAUUCUAGUAUCUGACCCAGAUAAAUGCUUUCCAAAGCAACUUCAGCAAGUCAAAUCUUACUACCCUUUCAAUUUCACAAACGAAAGCCCUGAUGACUUUGCCUUGUACAGUUGUUAUCCCCCAGAAAGAGAUUCGGCUUAUGGAACGUUGAUCCCUUGCCUGACAAAACCUGGCCAGAAUGUUUAUGCCUUUAGAUCCUCCCAGGACAUCACCAAUUUGCCAUUAGCAUCUUGUACAAAGAUGUAUAAUCUUCGGUCAUUUCCUGUAACUCCCGGAGAUCAUGAUAAUAUGCUUGAAUUGAAGUGGGUCACUCCCGAUUGCAGACGCUGUGCAAAGAACCAGAACUGUAGAUUGAAGAGCAAUGGUGGAAUAGAGACUGAGUGUUAUCCCAAAACCAACAAAGAUAUAAAAUCAAAGUUAGUGACUGCCGGUUCCAUCGUAGGUUCUUUUUUUUUAGCACUAGCGGUUGGUGCACUCUACCGUCUCUACAGGUAUGAUAAACUUGAAAAAGAAAAUCAAAUCAGGAUCCAAAGAUUUUUGGAGGAUUACAGGAAUUUGAAGCCCACGAGAUACUCAUAUGCCGACAUAAAAAGGAUUACGAAUCAAUUUGCUGAGAAGUUAGGUCAAGGAGCCUAUGGAACAGUGUUCAAGGGAAAGCUUUCCAAUGAAAUCUUUGUUGCUGUGAAGAUCCUGAAUAGCUCGAAGGGAAAUGGGGAAGAAUUCAUAAACGAAGUGGGGACAAUGGGUAGAAUCCACCAUGUUAAUGUGGUUCGUAUGGUUGGCUUUUGUGCUGAUGGAUUCAGACGAGCUCUAGUUUACGAGUACUUACCAAAUGAUUCUCUAGAAAAGUUUAUAUCUUCAGCAGAUGCCAAGAACAGUUUCCUUGGUUGGGAGAAACUACAAGAUAUUGCUCUGGGCAUUGCGAGAGGAAUUGAGUAUCUUCACCAAGGGUGUGAUCAACGGAUCCUCCAUUUUGACAUCAAACCUCAUAAUGUUUUGCUAGACCAGAACUUCAAUCCAAAAAUUUCUGAUUUUGGUCUUGCAAAGUUGUGUUCUAAGGAUCAAAGUGCAGUAUCUAUGACCACGGCUAGGGGAACAGUGGGUUACAUAGCACCCGAAGUGUUCUCUAGGAAUUUCGGGAACGUUUCCUAUAAAGCAGAUGUUUAUAGUUUUGGAAUGCUGUUGCUUGAAGCAGUUGGAGGGAGAAAAAAUGUUGAUGUCACGCCGGAAAACGUCGGCCAAAUCUACUUUCCGGAAUGGAUCUAUAAUCUUUUGGAGGAAAAAGAAGAUCUACGACUCUUCAUUGAAAGUGAUGAAGAUGCUAAAAUUGCAAAGAAACUCGGAAUUGUGGGAUUAUGGUGUAUUCAAUGGCAUCCAGCGGAUCGCCCUUCUAUGAAAACCGUUGUUCAAAUGCUGGUGGAAGGGGAAGGAAGUAACUUCACCAUGCCUCCUAAUCCCUUUGCCUCUGCAGGUUCUACAAGAAUGAUGAAUCCAACUAUCCCUCCAAGACGUCUAAACCAAGAGUUAGAAGCCAUCCCAGAGUCGGAGGAGUAAAAAAAUAUGUUUACUGCCAUCAUGAUAAAAGUUUUUUUUUUUUUUUUUUUUUUUAGGAGAGCGGUUUCCAACUUCAUAGCUCCAUUUUGAAAGUUAGGAUUCUGUGAAUCAGGUCACAUAACACUGUCAUAGAAGUCAUGUCAUUAUGGAAAUUAUUAGAACCAUUACUCUAGCAAUCAAUGUAAAGACUUGCAUGUGUGGACUUUUUCUUUGUGAAUUUUAUAAAAACAUUUAGUAUUUUGUUUUCCGAAGGAGAAUGAUAUGAUUGGUGAA